UUUAUGUAUGAUUUUUUACAGAAUAGGUUAAACAAAAUAUUCAUAAAGCAUACAAUGGGGAGAGGAAACAGAGCACCCUCCUCUAUUUGCCCUGUUCUUCUCUGUUUCUUCCUCUUCAUCUCUUUUGUCUCCGAGCCCACAAACGCCCAGUCUUUACCGGCGUUUGCCUGCAACGUUGCAGGAAACCCUUCUCUCGCUGGGUUUGGGUUUUGCAACACCACACUAAACAUAGAAACCCGAGUUGCGGAUCUCGUCGGGAGACUAACGUUGCAAGAGAAAAUAAGGUUUUUAGGGAGCAGCGGAAAUGGCGCGAGCCGCUUGGGGAUUCCAACAUAUGAAUGGUGGGCAGAGGCACUUCACGGCGUAUCUUACAUCGGACCGGCCACUCGUUUCACCGAGCUAGUCCCUAGUGCCAGAUGCUUCCCUCAAGUUAUUCUCACCGCUGCUUCGUUCAAUGUCUCUUUGUUCAAGGCCAUUGGCAAAGUUGUGUCGACGGAGGCGAGGGCAAUGUACAACGUGGGAUUGGCUGGAUUAACAUAUUGGUCACCGAAUGUGAACAUUUUUGGGGACCCGAGAUGGGGAAGAGGACAAGAAACUCCCGGUGAGGACCCAACACUAUCAAGCAAAUACGCGGUAGCAUAUGUUAAAGGUCUUCAGGAGACUGACGGUAGGGAUCCUAACCGUCUAAAAGUCGCUGCUUGCUGCAAACACUCAACCGCCUAUGAUCUUGAAAAAUGGAAAGGAGUGUCACGUUACACUUUCAACGCCGUGGUGACGCAACAAGAUUUGGAUGAUACAUACAACGCACCAUUUAAGAGCUGUGUGAUUGAUGGGAAUGUGGCUAGUGUCAUGUGUUCUUACAACCAAGUUAAUGGUAAACCCACUUGCGCAGAUCCUGAUUUGCUUUCGGGUUUAAUCCGGGGUCAAUGGAAAUUAAACGGGUACAUUGUUUCGGAUUGCGAUUCAUUAGGUAUUUUGUAUGGUUCACAACACUAUACCAAGACUCCAGAGGAAGCAGCAGCUAAAUCUAUACUGGCAGGUUUGGAUCUAAAUUGUGGUUCUUUCUUGGGUAACCACACAGAGAAUGCGGUCAAGGAGGGCCUGAUCGAGGAAGCAGCUAUUAACAAAGCAAUUUCAAACAAUUUUGCGACUCUGAUGCGUUUAGGAUUCUUUGAUGGUAACCCGAAGAAUCAGCCCUAUGGUGGUUUGGGUCCCAAGGACGUGUGCACGGUUGAACACCGAGAACUAGCCGCAGAAACCGCAAGGCAAGGCAUUGUUUUGCUCAAGAACUCAGCUGGUUCGCUACCGCUCUCUCCUUCCGCCAUCAAAACGUUGGCCGUGAUCGGACCAAAUGCUAAUGUCACAAGAACCAUGAUCGGAAAUUACGAAGGCGUGGCUUGCAAGUAUAUAACACCACUUCAGGGACUUGUGACGACAGUGUUGACGACGAAGUAUCAUCGUGGCUGCUCCAACGUGACGUGCACAGAGGCGGAUUUAGACUCAGCCAUGACUCUAGCUGCAUCUGCGGAUGCGACGGUGUUAGUAAUGGGAGCCGAUCAAUCCAUUGAGAAGGAGACAUUAGAUCGCAUAGACUUGAAUCUUCCCGGAAAACAACAAGAGCUUGUGACUCAGGUGGCUAAGGCCGCGAAAGGACCGGUGGUGCUAGUCAUAAUGUCCGGUGGAGCAUUUGACAUUACAUUCGCCAAGAACGAUGAAAAGAUCACAGGCAUAAUGUGGGUCGGAUAUCCUGGUGAAGCCGGCGGUCUCGCCAUUUCUGACGUCAUCUUCGGUCGUCAUAAUCCAAGUGGGAAAUUGCCGAUGACGUGGUAUCCUCAGUCAUAUGUGGAGAAAGUUCCGAUGACGAAUAUGAACAUGAGACCCGACAAAUCAAACGGGUAUCCGGGUCGGACUUACAGAUUUUACACCGGAGAAACCGUAUACGCCUUCGGAGAUGGGCUCAGUUACACUAAUUUCAGUCACCAGAUUCUUAAAGCUCCGAAGCUAGUCUCUCUCGAUCUUGACGAUAGCCACGCUUGCCGAUCGUCGGAGUGCCAAUCGGUGGACGCGAUCGGACCGCACUGCGUUAACGCCGUCGGAGGAGGAUCAAAUUUCGAGGUUCAAUUGAAGGUAAGGAACGUCGGAGACAGAGAAGGGAGCCACACCUUGUUUCUGUUCACGACGCCGCCGGAAGUACACGGAUCGCCGAGGAAGCAUCUUCUAGGGUUCGAGAAGAUUCGUUUAGGAGAAAACGAAGAGACGGUGGUUAGGUUUAACGUCGAUGUGUGUAAGGAUCUGAGUGUAGUUGAUGAGAUCGGAAAAAGGAAAAUCGCGUUGGGUCAUCAUCUUCUCCACGCAUUGGGUUUAAGAAGUGAAGAAUCGGAGAUGUUACCUGAUGGAGAACUUAUUCCGGUGGAUUCAUCGGCGGUAGUCACGGCGAAGAGGAAAACAUCUCAGUUAUCAAGGAGUUGGAUUUCCAUAGACGCGACAGGGCAAAAAACUGUGCUUGACGUUGACAAACACGUGAUUAUGCACCGUGUUCAGAUCCACGCUCGUGAUCUUCGGAUCCUUGACCCAAAUCUAUUUUACCCAUCUGCUAUUCUGGGUCGAGAAAGAGCCAUUGUUCUUAACUUAGAGCAUAUUAAGGCGAUUAUCACUGCCGAAGAGGUUUUGAUUCGAGAUUCGUCUGAUGAAAAUGUUAUUCCCGUCCUGGAGGAGUUUCAGAGAAGAUUGCCUGUAGGGAACGAGGCACAUGGUGCUCACGGAGAUGGUGAUGUGGGUGAAGAAGAUGAAUCCCCGUUUGAAUUUCGGGCGCUAGAGGUGGCUUUGGAAGCUAUUUGUAGUUUUCUAGCUGCAAGGACAACAGAACUAGAGAAGUCUGCUUAUCCAGCUUUGGAUGAACUUACCUUGAAGAUUAGCAGCCGUAACUUGGAAAGGGUUCGUAAAUUGAAGAGUGCCAUGACCCGAUUGACAGCUCGGGUCCAAAAGGUACGGGAUGAGCUUGAACAGUUGUUGGAUGAUGACGGUGAUAUGGCUGAUCUCUACCUUACAAGGAAGCUUGUUGGUGCAUCUUCGUCGAUCAGCGUUUCAGAUGAACCCAUUUGGUAUCCUACGUCCCCAACAAUAGGAUCUAAGAUUUCCAGAGCAAGUAGAGUGAGUUUAGCCACGGUUCGUGGGGACGACGAAGAUGAUGUUGAAGAGCUUGAAAUGUUGCUCGAGGCAUACUUCAUGCAAAUCGACAGCACUUUGAACAAAUUAACCGAGCUACGUGAGUAUAUUGAUGACACAGAGGAUUACAUUAACAUCCAGGCUAUAGUCAAUGUUUAUUUGCAGUUAGACAAUCAUCGAAAUCAGCUGAUUCAGUUAGAGCUAAUGUUAAGCUCUGGAACCGUCUGUGUAUCAAUGUACUCUAUGAUCGCCGGAAUAUUCGGCAUGAACAUUCCAUACACAUGGAACCAGGACCAUGGAUACAUCUUCAAAUGGGUCGUAAGUCUCACGGGAACAUUUUGCGCAAUCUUGUUCGUGAUUAUACUGUCAUUAUUGCUCGAAGCUCAGUUUAAGCUCAAUAUGGAUUCUACUAAAUAUGAUGAUGAUUUCACAUUCUCAAAAGUUGCGCCACCAGAUAGUGAAGCUGUUCUUGAGGCAAAAGCUCUUGCAUCAGAUGUGGGUAGUAUUACCCUUAAAGAUGGAUUAGAUCAACAAAGCAAUGGUCUUAUUUGGAAAGACAAGUCUCUUCCUCCUAAGGAAGAAACAAUAGGUUCUUUGUCUUUCAAUGUGAUUGAUUCUUCAUCUUUGAAAAAGCAGUCCAAUGAAUCAUCUGAGACUUUCAAAACUCCUGCUAGAAAGCCUGUCACUCGUACCAAAGUUCCGUUUGAGAAGGGUUACAGCCAAAUGGAUUGGUUGAAACUUACACGAACACAUCCCGAUCUUGCAGGCCUGAAAGGAGAGUCAAAUAAGAGGCUUAUUCCAAUGGAUGAAGUGAAGAAGCACCGAUCAGGAGAUUCAAUGUGGACUGUUUUGAAAGGUCGUGUGUACAACAUAUCACCUUAUAUGAAUUUUCAUCCUGGAGGUGUCGAUAUGCUGAUGAAAGCUGUUGGAAGAGACGGUACGCUCUUAUUCAACAAAUACCAUGCUUGGGUCAAUGUUGAUAUGUUACUUGAGAAAUGCCUUGUUGGAGUUUUGGAUGUUACCAAAGUAAAGAAGCAAGAACCCUAAUUGCUAUUGCUAAGGGGUUGAGAUAUUCAUAUACUCGCGUAGAGGAUUCAUAAGUCAAUAAGAAUUAUUUUAGUGUUCACAUUCUGUCUGAUUCUUCAGAUGAAAACGCUGAUCACAAUAUGUAAUGUGUAUUAGACUUUUACACAACUCAUUGAUGUCAAUAUAUUCAAAGUUUCCAC